CAAUGUCCAUGUAUUGUAAACAUGAGGUUAUGUUAAAUGAUUGCAAAAAUCUCAAAUUUGAAGCUUCUUUUAACAUAUUUAUUGGUUAAAAUAGCUAUAUAAAACGUCUAAAAGAGUUUUUGUUCUAUCCAAACAUGAAUGCAAUCAGGAGUUUAUGGCGUUCAGCGCCCAUGGUACGUGGUGUGAUAGCGCCGAGUUAUGCUAUUCGACCUCUUUCGACAGUCACAGCGGCUCCUAUUCAGAAACCUAUUGAUCCGGUACCAUCGACCGCAUCUGUGGAACUCGACAAGUUAUAUAAACGAGUCGAAUUGGAAAUGCGAGGGAUCGACCCUGCUGUGCUGCUGAGUUACUCUUGGUUCUGUGUGGCAGCUGCUUCUCAUUUGGGCAUUGAAGUUACUAAGAAUUGGGCGCUAAGAAAAGCAGAGAAAGAAAGGCACACUCUCCUCCGUUGUGUCCACAUCUACAAGAAACACAAAGUGCAAUAUGAAAUAAGAACAUACUUCAGGUUCAUACAUCUGCAACGGCUUACGGGAUCAACCUGCGACACCUUCCUCGAAUACAUAGAGAGGAACCUACCAGAAGGUUGUGCAUUAAAAGUUACGAAGAUCGAAUGCCAAAAACUACCUGAACACAUAACUCCGCCAACUAACGAAUAAGAUUAUAUUUAUAAAUGUAGAAUUAGAAUAAAACAUCUCUAUAGUA